GGAAUGGUUUUACCCCCGGCGGCUGCGGCGAGAGCUGGCAAAGUACUGCGGAUCAGCCUGUCAUGGAGGGAACCAGGCAAACCAGGAUUUGCCGGCCACACAAGAUAAGUGAAUCCUCAAAGGUGUACAGGUGGGAUGACCACUCUAGUCUAGUUCUUCAGAGCCUGAAUGAGCAGAGGCACCGAGGUCUCUUCUGUGACAUCGUCCUCGUGGUGGACGAACAGAGAGUCCCUGCCCAUCGGAACCUCCUCGCUGUUUGCAGUGACUACUUCAAUUCUAUGUUCACCAUCGGUAUGCGAGAAGCCCACCAAAAAGAGGUUGAGCUUUUUGGAGCCUCUUAUAUUGGUCUCAAGGCUGUGGUGGAUUUCCUUUAUGGCAGUGAGCUAUCUUUAGAUGGAGGCAAUAUCGACUAUGUGCUCGAAACAGCUCACCUGCUGCAGAUCUGGAAGGUGGUCGACUUCUGUUGCGAGUAUCUGGAGAAUGAAGUCAGCGAGGAGAACUAUUUGUACCUGCAAGAGCUAGCCUCCAUUUACAACCUGAAGCGCCUUGACUCCUACAUUGAUUCUUUCAUCUUGCAGAACUUCGGCACGCUGUCUUUCACCCCGGACUUCCUGCAGAACAUUUCCUUGCAGAAGUUGUGCCAAUACCUGGACAGCAGCAACGUGCAGCAGGAGUGUGAGCACGACUUGCUGCAGGCUGCCUUGCAGUGGCUUACCCAGUACCCGGAAAGGGAGAAUGAGGCUUACCAGGUUCUGGAUAACAUUCAUUUUCCCUUGAUACCCAAAAGUGAUCUCCUCCAUCGAGUCAAGCCUGCUGUCUGCUCUCUUCUUCCCAAAGAAGCAAACUGUGAGGGCUUUAUAGAGGAGGCGGUGAACUAUCACAAUAACGUCACGGCUCAGCCAGUGCUGCAAAACAAACGGACAGCCCUGCGGACCUGCGAGGAAAGGCUCCUCUUUGUGGGUGGGGAGGUUUCCGAACGGUGCCUGGAACUGAGUGAUGAUACCUGCUUCUUGGACAUCAGAAAGGGGCAGUGGGUAGCCGAAACCCCUCUCCCAGCCAGACGAAGUCACCACUGCGUUGCAGUCUUGGGAGGCUUUAUCUUCAUAGCCGGAGGCAGCUUUUCAAGAGACAAUGGAGGGGAUGCAGCUUCAAAUCUCCUAUAUAGGUAUGAUCCCCGCUGUAACCAGUGGAUAAAGGUUGCCUCCAUGAGACAACGCCGUGUAGAUUUCUACCUGGGAGCUAUUACCGACAUGCUGGUAGCCGUUGGUGGCAGGAAUGAAAAUGGGGCACUUUCUUCAGUUGAGACCUACAGUCCUCAGAAGGAUUCAUGGUCCUACAUAGCAGGCUUGCCCAGGUUUACCUACGGCCAUGCUGGAACAGUCUACAAGGAAUUUGUGUACAUUUCAGGAGGCCAUGAUUACCAGAUCGGCCCCUAUAGAAAAAACCUGCUGUGUUACGAUUACCGCACGGAUGUUUGGGAGGAGAAGAGGCCAAUGAUCACUGCCCGAGGGUGGCACAGCAUGUGCACCUUACAGGACAGUAUCUACUCCAUCGGCGGCAGCGAUGACAACAUAGAAACCAUGGCUCGUUUUGACAUUCUGAGUGUGGAGUCGUACAGCCCUCAGUGUAACCAGUGGACCAGAGUUGCUCCUCUGUUGCAAGCAAACAGUGAGUCAGGGGUGGCGGUUUGGGAAGGCAAGAUUUAUAUCCUCGGAGGCUACAGCUGGGAAGAAACAGUCUUCUCCAAAACAGUCCAGGUUUAUGAUAAGGAGAAAAACAAGUGGUACAAAGGAACUGACUUACCCAAAGCAAUUGCUGGUGUGUCUGCAUGUGUCUGUGCAUUGAAACCCAAAACAGAGGACAAAAAGAAAAAGACGAAAACAAAAAAACAUCAAGAUCGAGGAAGAUGACUACUUCUGGAUAACCACCCUUUGACGGUGGACUCCAAAAGGACCUUGUAUUUAAUCAUUUCUAUCUAACCUUGAUUCUUUCUUUUUCUUUUUAAAUGGGGGGGGGGAAGGCAUCUUCUGAAGCCUCAGAAAAUGUACAGUUGAAUGUGGUUUUUGGAUUAAGCUCAUGUUUAAGGUAAAAACAACAAAAGAAACCAAAAAAAACCACCCUCCUACUAUAUAAGGGGUGAUAUGGCAAAAGAGGUUAUGCUGCUCUCCUGAAUAUUAAGGCUUAGUCUUUUACUUCUGUGGUUCAUGGCAUUUCCGCAUACAUCAUAUUAAAUCGACGUUUUUAAAAUAAGGUUAAGAAUCUGUGGCUGAGAUGAUAAUGUCAAGGGGGAGGAGGCAGAGUAGUAGGUGUCUGGUUUGAAGUUACAGAGCAGUUCCAAGGAGUUCAGGAGCAACUGCUAAGAAAAACUGAAGUGGAUCUUCAAUGUAAAUCUUGAAUUUUUGUAAUGUUAAAUUUCAUUUACAACACAUUCUUGAGUUGUUAGUAUCAGAUUUCUGGAACAUGAGUGUUCAAAGAGAAUAUUGCUUUUGGUGAAUGCAGGUCAGAUCAGCUUGAAGAGCAAAUAACUCCACUGUACUCUUAAGGUUAAGAAGACCUUACUGUGAGGCUAAAGAACAGAUGGGAUUGACUUGGGCUUGGACUGACAGCAUUGUGAAUUUUGAAAUCUGGGAAAGGUGAGAUGACUUUGCAUCCCUUGUUGUGGCACUUUUCAUAUCUAAACACAAUAGCAAGUUUUUCUUGGGCUUUAAAACGUGCCCCAGAAUGAGGAAAAAGAUCUGUCGAAGAACUUGAAAGAUUUGAGGAUUUGUGUGGAAACUGUACAGUUUGCCUUGGGCUUCGAAGCAGAUGGAACUGAUAGAGCUCACUGUGAGUUUGGGGUUUGCUGAAUAGGGCAACGGCGGGGAGAAAUGGCAGGAGGAUCCUUCAGGUGAACUUGAAGCAAGAUGUCCCUCCCCAGCCCUACCAGGCUGUAGAGGCUGGGAUCCACUUCAUUUAACUCAAGCCUCACAGCGGUCACGGCUAGUGGCCAGUGUGAGCAGGGGCCCAGACUAGACUUGUCUGCUCUCAAAAAGCUUAUUAACUGAGGAUGGUUAAUUGGGGUUCGGUAAUCCUGAAGAACAGCAACUUGUUUUUUUACCU